UGAUUGAACUGAUGAGGAGAUGCGGCUUUCCCUCAGUGCCUCUGCCUUCUUCUUCCUCCUCUCACUCCUCUUUUUUGCGCAUCCCGCCCCCAUCCAUCUUCUUCACGCUGCCUUCACCCACUGCCCCAUCUUCCAUCUCCCAUCUUCCCCCUCUACUUGGCCAUCUCCAUCUGCUCACCGGCUUACUGCUGCUUUUUAUCUGAUAUUGCUUGGUAUCGCACUACCGAGCGCGUUGCCUACCUGUAAGUCACACUUCGCCUUCGCGCGUCACCAACCAUCUCUCCUCCCUUUGACCGCCGCCACCGCCACCACCUCUCUUCCUACCCGUAUCCGAUAUCAAGUUAACUCUGCUUCAUGUAGAAUCAUCGUCGCCAUCCCACAGCUCUGGUUGACGUCGGUCUGUUCGCGCCCAUCGCGUCGGUAGUCUGACCGCACCCGCUCAGCCCGCUGUCUCUACUGUCCACAGACACACCAUCACGGCUAGCAUUCACGCUCAACUGCCUACGCUCAUGGCUAGCCACCACCACCAGGUCGCCUCGCCCACGGCAGCAUUGCCGCACCAUGGUGCUCCGCAAUUGGGGCAUGCGCAACCAAAUGGUCAUCCACCACCCAUGAGCCAGCCCAAAACCCCCUCGCAGUAUCUCUCCCAGCUCACAGAGACUGUGUGGAAUCAAGUCGGUUCGCUAUCCGAGCAGAUGCAGGAUCUCGACGGCGCGCUCCAAUGCUACGAACAAGCACUCAAGUACAAUCAAUGGUCUGUGCAAGCCAUGCAAGGCAUCGCAGCCAUCCUGCGCACAAAAGACCAUUUCCCACAGGCUGUUGAAUAUCUGCGUACCAUUCUCAAGGUAGACCCUGCCAAUGGUGAUGUGUGGGGAAGUCUGGGUCACUGCUAUCUCAUGAUGGAUGACUUGCAGAAUGCCUACUCUGCUUACCAGCAAGCCCUGUACCAUCUGUCUGAUCCCAAAGAACCAAAGCUCUGGUACGGAAUCGGUAUUUUGUACGACCGCUAUGGCUCCUUGGAGCAUGCCGAAGAGGCCUUUUCGCAAGUCAUGCGCAUGGAGCCCAACUUCGAGAAGGCCAAUGAAAUCUAUUUCCGUCUCGGCAUCAUAUAUAAACAACAACAAAAGUUCAACCAGAGUCUCGAUUGUUUCAAAUACAUCGUCACCAACCCGCCUCGUCCUCUCACAGAGGAGGAUAUCUGGUUUCAGAUUGGCCACGUCUACGAGCAGCAGAAAGAGUUUGACGCUGCUAAAAAUGCGUAUCGACGAGUGCUUGAGCGUGACCCCCAUCAUGCCAAAGUCCUGCAGCAGUUGGGCUGGUUGCACCAUCAGCAGAGUACCAACUACGCCAGCCAGGAACAGGCUAUUGAGUACUUGGAGAAGUCGGUCGCUUCUGACCAAACCGACGCGCAAAGCUGGUAUUUGCUUGGGCGAUGCUACAUGUCACAGCAGAAAUACCCCAAAGCCUACGAAGCCUAUCAGCAAGCUGUGUACCGCGACGGCCGCAACCCAACGUUUUGGUGUUCCAUUGGUGUGCUGUAUUACCAGAUCAACCAAUACCGAGACGCGCUUGAUGCGUACUCCCGUGCCAUCCGUCUUAACCCUAAUAUUUCCGAGGUUUGGUAUGACUUGGGUACCCUGUACGAGUCCUGUAACAAUCAAACCGCCGACGCGCUCGAUGCCUAUCAGCGCGCAGCGGAUCUUGACCCUGCGAACGUUCACAUCAAAGCCCGCUUGCAAUUGUUGCAGAAUGGCCAGGCUACGGCUGGCGUGCCCAACCAAGGCAGUGCCCCCGUCCCGCAAGACGUUCACCCUCAGGCCUAUCAGCCUGCAGCAAUUCACGGACCUGCUGCUCCCCAAUGGGGCGCCCCACAGCCUCAAGGACCUCCUCAGGGACCUCCUCCUCCCGCUCUCGGCGCUGGGGAAUGGAAUCGCCCGCUGGCACAGAUUCGCGACCCUGGCCUUCCACCCCAGCAAUUGAAUCCCUAUGACCAGCGUGAAGGCAUCCGCCCACCAACUCAGCAUGCUCCUCAACAGCGUCUCCCUAGUCCACGACAGGAGCCCCCAAGGCAAUACCAGGAGCCUCCACGCCCUCCUACAAAUGGCCCUGGCCCUUCAGGACCAACUGGCGCUCCUCCGGGUCCUCCCAUGCGACGCGGCCAUUCCCCUUCUCCAAAGACACACCAUGUUGCACCAAGCCCUUACCAUGCACCACCUCCUCAGUUGACACCGCAGUCUUCGCACGCGCAACCUCAGCUGCCACCUCAUCAUCAACAGCCGCCGCCUCCGCAACAGCAGCAGCCACCACCUCCCCCGCCUCCACAGCAACAGCAUCAACAACACCAUCAGCAGCAGCAGCAACCACCUAACCGCAUCUCCAAUCCCAACUACGGUCCAGGUGCAGGCAGCGUACCUCCCCCUCCCCCUCCUCCACCAACCGGGCUGGGCACGCCUUCCAGUCAAGGAGCACAGUCACACAUGCCACCCUUUGGUCGCAUGAGGGAGAGUCCACCUGAGGUGAGGCCGCUUGUCGAGAACAGGGCUAGUUCCCCACGAAAUGGAUACCAAGGUCCUUAUCAGCAUCAUCCUGAUCCCGCUUCUGGAGGUGGCAUUGCGAGUGGUGCACCUCCACCAGCCUCCGCUCUCGCUGCUGCAGAAGCUGCAGCUCGGGAUCGUGAAGAUCGCCCUCCGACAGCUCCCCCCAAACGACACCGCGAGUGGGAAGAUGGUGAGCACAUGGGCCCCAAGCCCCCUGCCAAUGAGGAGAAGCGUCAAAAGCUGGAAGAGCCCCAUAGCCGACGCCCUUCGCCACCCCCUCACCGUAUGUCGUCGCCUCAGGUACCGCGCCAGAGCCCGCAAGAUGCACCUGAUGCACGCCGUUUCAACGAUGGCUACCAUCCCUCGGAGGCUGCUCACCACCCACCUUCUUUGCCACCAAUGAAUCAGUCUCAACCAUUGCCUCCUCUCCGCAUGUCGGAGACCCCUAAGCAGGAGCGUGCUGAGCACCACGAACCUGCUGCUCGGCAGAUGGAGGUGGACGAGAAUUACGAUGAUGAGGGGGACGACACGAAGCCUGGUGUGCCCAAGUCAGAGCGCGGUAGCCCGCGUACUACUGCUACGAACGGCGUUCCUCCGGCUUCUACGCCUGUUGAACAAAAGUCGUAG